UCUGUCUGGGACAAACAGCCCACACAAGCACCAAAGACUUGUUAGUAAAGAGUGAGACACGCCCGUCAGCAGCCUGCUUUGGCUCGUCCUGUCUAACAGGUUUGUCGUGUCAGGCCUCGUUUUUUGACAGUUUCGACAAGGAAGCUCACGCCAGAGUUGUUUCUGAAAAUCCAGCGGCUAAAAUAUUGUCGUUUCUCCUGGAGGUUAGCCCAAAGCCUGAUUAGACCCGCUGUGGCACAAGGGAGUCAACUCCAGCUGUGGGCCAGAAUCACUGGACUUUUUUGUUUCUUUAGUUUUUGUAAAGGCUCUUCCUUGUUUUGCUGCAGGUUUUGUGCUCGAUGGCAGUAUUGCUAUCAGUGUGGGUCAGCUCACUGUCUCUGCUACAGAUGGGCGGCUGCUUUGUCAGCAACAGACACUCAGGAGGGGACCCGGUGGUAGUGGAUGAGCAGUCGGCUGCAUCGUUCCUGUCCCGCUCUCUGUUGUACAACAGCUGGGACUUUGAGCUGGUGGUGAAGGACAGCCUGGAGAGGGAAUGCAUCGAAGAGAUGUGUAGCUACGAGGAGGCCAGAGAGGUUUUCGAGGAUGACGUUCAGACGAAAAUAUUUUGGAAGGAAUACAUCAACAGCCAAGAAAACGUGCCCAAAGUGGACGUGUCGGCUUUGGUGGCCGGGAUCUUGGCUGUGGUCGUGACAGCUGUUAUCGCCACCGUGCUGGGAAUCUACUUCUACAAGAACAAAAAUAAGAGCAGGAGGAGGCGGAAUCAUGCCCCGGUGAGAAUGGCAGGAGAUGGGAAUCCAGCUCCAGAGGUGGUGCCCCUGGGUGGGAUCAGCGCCCCGCCUCUGCCCAGCUACCACGAGGCUCUGAAUCGCAGCGGACAGCACGACGCGCCACCGCCUCCUUACUCUGGGUUAACCUCCAUCAGAGCCUACCGCUCCAGCAGCCAGCCAAUGAAAGAAGUGCUGGGAGAGUUUCGUUUUACUGGGGUUUGCACCAAGUUGUACUUCUUUUGAAAGUGUGACAUUUAUGCGCAAUGUUUGUAUGUUGGAGAAUCAUCUUCACAUGAGACUGUGAAGCGGGAGAGCUUUUUGUGUGUGUGGCUGUCUUCUGCACUGUGUAAUGUACUGAAAAAAGAGAAUAUAAUUUUAUUUUGAGGAGACUUCGAGAGUAAUCACGUAAUAAUUAUACAUUUACAAAAGUUUAUUUGAAGACAUUUUACUAGUCUUGUAUUUUGACAAUUCAGGGAAUCAUAUUUGUAUUCAUCUGGACUGACAAUGUCAGCACAAGUAGCGAUGAUAUUAUAUAUUUAUCAUGUCAGUUUAUGAUUUAUACAUUCUUAUGAUACUCAUUUCAUGCUUAUUUUCUGUAGUGUACAAUAGUGCAAGAUGUGACGCUUAGAAAGCGAUCAUUAUCUCCCCAUUCCUGAGUCUAAAGGAGAGAAAUAAAGACAAUUGAGCACUUUGAUGAAAGGACAUCACUUCCAUUUGUUCCCUCGAUCUCCAUCUGCUCUAGUUGGAGGUGAACUGGAGCAGAUGGAUGUUAGCUCAUGUGAAGUUCAAUUUGCAUCGGAGGGGACCGUUUAGCCAGAUUGGAUCCUGUAAAUAUUUACAUGCGAAUACAUUUAAAAAGUAAUGUUUUAGCUGAGAAAAACAGAUCAGAUCCAAAUCGCUUAGAUGUCCGAAACAGGAAAACAAACGACUAAAUGACACAAGGAAGACACAACAAAGCAGCUCCUAAUCAGAAAACUGUCCUCUUUAAAUGUCUUCUGCGUUCAAGGCUUUACUUACAGAAGCAGAGUCUUCUUAGCCAAUCGUGGACCUGAGGUUUAUGCCUCUGAGCAUAUAGAGGGAAACCUCUAAUUAAAAAAACUCAGCUAUAAGCUAUAUUUGUCCAUUCUGUUAGUCUAAAUAAACAUUCAUAGAGUUUUCAAAUAUAUACUAUAAUGACCUAGACGAGAAGUACAUCUGUGCUGCAAAGAAAGAGAUUAAGACUGACGCAAAGAACUUUAAAAUACAUGUGAAAAAUAAGGUCCUUGAGGACUUUCCACUGGCUUUAAAACCAUUGAAUGGUUUCACCACACAGACGUUUUAUUAUCUGUGUAAAACAUAUUGCACGUAUGAUUAAAAGGCGAAAGAAAGUUUAAAGUUCAGUGAGUCAGAUUGUCUAAAAUAUAGACAACACUACAUUUAGACUCUAAAUGUAGGGUAUUUAACAGAUCAUGAGAUUUCAACGGGGCACCACUAGAUGGCGCUGCUGCUACAUGGACCAGAUGGUUCAUCUAUUUUUUAUCUAUCUCCAGAUUCCAGCAGAGUACAGCGUAGGAAAAAAGACAAAGCUCCAAGUGUCCCUGAAAACCAAGAUGGUGUUCAAGGAUGCAACAUUCUUGACCAUUUCUGACACUGGAUGAAAGAAAAUUAACUUUGGCAUUUACAAGAAGCCAUCCGAUGCAUUUGAAUGUUCGUUUAUCUCUGCUUUCUCCUCUAAAGGACGAACAUUUAGAAAUACUGACAUCUUCUCGCAUGCCCAGAUCCUCCGUUAGCACAUUCCUUUAGCUGCUGUGACACAUAUCAGACCCUCAUCUGAACUCAGAAACCUUAUUUGGUGUUUUGUUAGAUUCAUUUUUUGUGAUCUUUCAUCCGAUUUCAGGAAUGCCUGAAGAAGCUAAGCUGACCCUUUUGGUCAGACUGCUCUGUGGUAUUUUCCUUGUGAGGUUUAGCUCAGGCUAAAAGCUGGAGAAUGUGCUACGUAGGUUUUAUGCUUCAAAUCUUAGGCAUCAAAUGUCCAAAACAUUUGAUUAAUUUGUGAUUCAGGUUUGUCUCUGGACUUUACCUCUGAAGAUUUCCAGCAGUUUUUAUUUCAAAGCAGAGGAGGUCUUCUGGAAGAGCAAGUGCAUCUGCUGGGUUCCCAUCAACUAAGCGCAUUGAACAUGCUCAUUCUGGUGGGUUUUUCAAGUUUCUGGCUGAAAUUGUUGCAGGCCUGUGAUUUGGUUUGGUUUCCAGAGGGAGGAAAUGUCAAAUAAAAACCAAACAGUUACUCUCAAGUGCUUUUGUGUCAUGCCUGGGUCUAUUUAGUUUGGUUUUAUAAUGCUGUGGUCCUGCCAUUUCCUGCUUUAUUUUGAAAUAGUGCCUCUCCUCCUGUUUCUGGUCACUUCCUCUUGUGCCACCAGUCUGUCUUCCUGAUUCCUGACGUGGUCCACCUGGUCCUGGUUUCCCCUCAUGUCUUCUCACAGUCUCCUCUCGUCUUAUGCCGGUGUUUUGUGUCCGAUCAUUUCUAGUGUUUCAUCGUUUCUGUCUGAUCAGGUAACUCAAAGUUUUGAUUUGUUAUUCUCCAAGUGAGGUUCUUGUUUUCGUACAUUUUCACAGCCUUUUGGUUUUUCCUCCUUUCUGGAGUGAUUUUGUGUGGUCUGUUUUAUAGCUGCCUGCUUUUCCUCUGGUUUUUUGGAUUGACUAUGAUUUUUCAUUAACGUUUCAUAAUUUAUGAGUCCGAUUAGUAGAGUGAUUUUUGGUUUAUAGUUCUUUGUUUUCUUUGUAUUCUCUUUUCCGUUCUUUUGUAUUAUUUCUAUAUAUGUAAUAUAAUUUUUUAGACUACAUUUUUAGAUAGUGGUCAAUGAAUUGUGAUCAUUUAUUAAUGUUUUUUUAAACUUGUCCAUCGUGCUGCAGGUUGGCUGAAUUACAGAUAACAAUACCGUUUGGCUCAGAAACUUUAGUUGGCACAGAAUUAAAGCAAUAAAGUUAACCUUUAAAACAAACAUUUUCCAGGCGGCUCCUUUGAGGCCAACGCCGUGCAGGCACCGUGUGGCUGUUUCCUGGUCAAGUGCAGUGUACGGAGGGUCCAGCCCGGCCAAAAUCCAGCCAUAAUAAAGUUUCCCUCUCCAGUCAUGCAGACAGAUGACUGCAGGGUUCUUUAUGUUUUCUGGCUGGUUUUCUAGACCUGUCAACUGAUACAGCUUUAAGCCACAAAUAGGUCAAACAGAACACACGAAUCUGUACAUCCAAAACAAGCACACACACACAUAAGUCAGGUUGAACUUCAUUUGCUUUUUAUUAUUUUUCUUGGGUUUCUCAAUAAACUGAAACUGUCUGCUUUUUUCCCCUGAAGAUUUAGUUUAACUUUUUUUUUCAUAUAUAUCCACAAUCUGUUUUCUAUUCAUACCUGAUCAUAAAAGGGGAUUUUUGGUCAAGUAAAUCAGCAUUCACAAUCUGACAUUUUUAUUACAGCAGUUGUUUUUCACAAGCUCUUUGAAUGUACUAGUUUUGUAUUUAUUAUUUUUAGCAUCAUUAUAGCCUAAAACCCAUUUCCUGCUUAAGGGAAACCUCUCAUAACCAAAAAUAAUGAGAAAUGGUUCAGGCCUUUAGGGGAACCAGAACGUGCAUGAACAACAGAGCAGACUGGGAAUAAAAUACAGAAAAAAGCGGAGUGGCUGAUGCAGGAAAUCACUCCUGAUCAUUAAUGACAGUUUGGAAUGAGUCAUGACGAAUAACCGUCACAUGAAAUCUUUGCUUCAUGUGUUUUUUUCUCUAAGUUUUAGCGGAAAAUGUUUUAAAACAUUGGCAGGAGAGGCUUCCCUUCACAGAACUGAUUCCUAGUCAAAUCUUUAAAAAAAAAGAAAAGGAAAAAAAGGGCCACUUCUACUGACCCACACAUGCGUUUUAUGCAAAUCCAAUUGAUCCUCAGGAGGAAGAAGCAGGGGGAGUACGGCAAGUCGGAAGACAGAGAGGAACACAGACUUUUUUUUUCCAGACUGGAGGUUUAGAACCAUAAAAUAAGCUAACAACUUUUUUAAAAAGUAGUGUUUUGGUUAAAUCUUCAUGAUUCGGCUAAACUUACACAAUAUAAGACUGCUCAGCCUCAUAUUUGAGACUUUAUCCAUGAUUAUUUUACUUUCACUUGCUUUUUCUGCGAGGAUAUGAUAAAUCGCUUGAUAGGGUCCACCAUUUUCUUUUUUGAAGAGAUGAUUUAAAAAAAAGUCAAAAUAAAAACACUUCUGGUCGUUUCAUUCAUUUUCAUUUCCCAUUCAGCCACUUUGAAACAAAAUGUUAGCGCACAGCAUGGUAUUUGUUAACAAAAUAAACAUUCCCGAACAGAAAAAAAACAAGAGAAUUCUUCGACAAAGUGAUUUCAGUGAUAAAACUUUGUGGGUUUUUUUUUUGUUGUGACAACCCAUUAGGGUUGCAUAAGAUUGGGUUCUAGGAAUGAAUUUUUAUCAGAACCUGCCAAGCAAAAUGCUGAAUUUUGAAAAGGAAGCUUUUCAGUGCCAUUUUCCAUUGGGAGGAAGAGGAGACAAUUUAUGAAUUUUAGUAGUAAUUUUUAUUUUUAGAAGCUACAAAAAACCUGAUCUCAUUAAUUUCAACUCUGAUAAUAAACAAAGCCCAUCAGUCUGUCCUGUUUUGUCUCUGCAGGUGAACAUCUGUGGGUUUUUAUAGCAAUUUAUUCUUUGAAAUGAAGCGCCAGCAGACAAAUAAUCCACUUUGGUUAUUCUGACCCGGCCAUAAGCAAGGGUGAGCAUGCAUGUUUGUCAGCUCGGUGAAGGUACUGUGGACCUGUCCCGAGUCAGGCCCAUCCACCCAAAAAAGGAGCUGUGAAGAAUGGACGGACAGAUGGUUGCAAAGUUUGAACUGCCUAAGCUUCUUUUCUUAUUUCUGUCUUAUCUCCCACAGAGCAAUGAGGUAGUCCUGCUUAGCUUUCAUGUAUCAGUCUAUCUUUCUUUCCAUCUCUCCCCAUUUCCUAACGUGUGUUAAAAAGAAACACAUAGAUGGAAGUCGUGCUCACCUCCAAUUUCAUACAUCACAGUAGUAGAAAUAUAUCAUUUUUAAAUGGAAGACAUAUUAUGAGUAGGAUCCUCCCUUAAGGAAUUGCCCACAUAAGUAAAAAGGCAACAACAUAGUUAAGCCUUGAAAAUCUGCCUUUAGGCUUCAAGUAAAUGUGCACAGAUCCAGAUUUACUAACCCAAAUGAUCAGACUCUUAUUCUGAAAUGACAAUAGAAACUAUCUCAAAAAGCUGCACAGCAUCACACUUUAAUCUUUAACGCCUACGGUUUUUAUACAGAAUAUUCCUGAGACCGGCCCUGUUUUUCUAUUUGUUCAUUUGUUCCUUUCAGUGGUCAACACUGAACAGAGAAAUGUCACUGCGAUAUCCGGAAUUUAGAUUCACUGAUCCUACAACACGACUGCACCUUUCAAACUGUGCCAGAGGGCUACAAUUUCUCUUGAAUCCAACUAUCAAAUCAUAGCUUCAGUCAAAGCCUUGUACAGUAGUUUACUAACUGAUAAUCAGUAACUAGGACUUUCCAGUGCUGCACUCCAUUAGGUCCAUGCAGGUUAAACUCCCAAAGUCCUCAGCGAAGUAAUUUGAUUUAGGACAUUUUUGUGUAACCACCAUAAUUUUGAGGGAUAACAAGCAUCCAAUAAGUCCAUGACCUUUACUCAUCAAACAAAUAAAAAAGAAGCAGCUGAGAUUGAAAUAUCAAAAAGAAGUCUCACUCAAAAAGUGUUGUUUUUUUUUUACAUAAAAUGCACAAUUUAGCCUGCAAACAGUUCAUUUUUCUUACAAUAAGUCCGAUAGUGACAAUGCCAUCUAAUAGCACUCAUGGGAACCGGGCCUUGCAAACAUUAGGGCAGGUCUACUCACAGCAUUAGAACCUGUAUGGACAACUUUAAAGGGAUAGCAACGACUUCAGCAUGACUUUACUGUGGAACAGGUGCUGCUUUGACUUUAAUUCAAACUAUUCUAACAGAUUAAGAUGUCCACAUAAUACUAACUUAUUUCCAAACUCAAAUUUAGAUUAAAAAUGUACUAUUUAGAUACUCUAUGCAAAGAUUAAGAACAUUAAUCUCUUUUCUGAAGCCAUUUUGAAGGCGAAAGCUAAGUGGAUGAGAAUUACACUAGCGGGAUAACAUUUAGCAACUUACUACUUAUGGGAUCAUCUUUUUUCCUGUCCUCUAAACGGUUGAAGGAGAGCAAGAGCCGAAAUUUCUCCCUUGUCAUUUGCUUCUUUUUUUGUCUCGUCACAACCACUGAGGGCUAAGAGCUAAAUCAUAUAUUUCAGCUACCACUUCUUAUGCUGAAAAGAGCAUUUCCACCUCAGCCUUUAAGAGGACAAAAAGUCGCCAGCCGCUCAAUCUGUGGCUGCACACUGCAGCCUGAAGUCACCCAAAUCCCUUUUUUUGUGAAAUCUGAUUCAUUUCCCUGCUCGUUCACAUUUCCAAAUAAAUGCGACCUGCAUGGGGGUCCAGAGUGAGCCGCAUCACAGGCCUGUCUGUGCUCCAGCUCUCCAGGAACCCAACAGCUCUGGUUAGUUUGAGGUUUCAGGCCCCUUCUGUUUGAUCUGGAGGCUCUUAUCUGUCUUUGGCUUUGGAGCUUGGGACGUUUGUAGCCAAACUCGGCCAUUUUUUAGGAAAUGCUAACGAAAAUGUCUGGUUUCCGAUAAGACGCCUUGAGUUUGGCCUGGACAGGGCUGUCCAGCUAAGUAAUAAUGAAGUCAGAAACCUGGCUUCCUGUCCACUGACUGCUCUCUGCUUUAUCCUCCACGUGGUUGCGGUGGUUCUUUUGUGUAGCGGGACACAGAAAAGUGUUGUUUGCAGAGGAUCAGUGACGCUCAGGUGGGACGAGCGUGACCCGGCUGGACGGACAGGGGUCCCAUUUGAUGUGUGUGUGUUCUGGAUUUAGGACCACAUGGGACCACAUGUCCAUGUGUCCUGGCUCGCAUUUCAAAUCAAAAUGUCGAACCAGGCUGUGUUGUUCACACUGUCGUGAAAAGGUCGCAUCAGGGCAAAAACGUGGGAUUUGGGUCACCUCAGGCUGCGGGUGAAGGCGGCAUAAGUUAGUGGCAGCAAACCUCAGCUUAACAAAGGCGCCCGCCCUCAGCUGCCUCUGGACAAACUUCAGUCAGGGAUUUGGCUAAACGGACAAGCAAUAGAAGACUGAGAUGAAGAAAAGAAGCGAUAGUCAGAUGAAAGGUUUAAGCAGCAGCAGCUCUCAGUGUCGAUGGUCCAACGUUCUUUAGGUCUGAAAAAGCCUUUUGUCAAAUUAAGGCCUGAAACUUUCUCUCUGGAAACAAACCGCAAUACAUAUUUGGCUUUCACAUCGCCGUUUUUUGAAGUUCCAUUCACGUUGGGAGUCUUAGCUCUGUUUUCAUGGUGGAAUUCAGUGUGACUUGCAGAUGUCAUGCAAAAAAAGUCAUGCUGGAAAAGUUACCCUAAAAACUCCAUUUCUCUUUUUUGUCCAAACAAAAACUUUCUCUGGCUGAACACCUGCUUCUUUUUCUACUUCCAAGAGGUGGCGUGAGACGCUCAGACAUCUCCCACCCCACAACAGGGGCUUGAGUCCCUCCUCAUCCUUCCACAGGCCAGUUCACAAAUAAAUAGAAAAACGGGGAUGGUGGGAAUGUUUUCUCCCAACUUUUGCAGGGUCAAAAAAAGAAAAAAAAAGAAAAAGAAAGAUCGAUCUCCACGUUUCUCGUUGACCUUCUUCCUGUAUUUACAAAAGGAUCACUUUCAUUGUCCUUGUCCUGGUUUUAAUUGGUUUUUAUUCAUGCCAUGCAUAUUUCUAAACAGGAGGAACAGUCACAGAUGCAGAGAUCAGGGGAGACGUGAUCAGGCAAGGAAAGACAUAGGAGGAAAGUAGAGCACGAGGAGGAGAUCAUCUGUGUCUGGCAUCCAUUUUUUCUGCAGCUCACACUCGUAUCGACUCAGAGUUUCCUCGUCUGUGUACGUUUAGAUCUCGGGUGACUGUGUCUUUGGCAAAACUGGAGAGCUCUGGGCGUUUCAAACGAUCACCCGAAGGCGGCUCAGCUUGAAGGUGGAGCAGAUAUCAAACAGGUGGGGCUUUUGUCGGACGUUUCUGGGACAUGGCUCGCGUUUUGGGAUUGGGAUGGGCGGGAUUGGGCCUGCUGUUUAGAGAUGUUGGAGUUCAUUACAGGGGUGCAGGGCACCCCAGUGCAAACAGCGGAAUAGUCGUUGCAGGAGCUUGACAUCAGAGUGUGGGACACACUCAAAGGAAAUCGAUAGACGCGUAUGUUGUUUCUUCACAAAAUCGAGAACACUGAAGCACUGAUUUAGUCUGAAUAGUGCAGCAUUAUGGAGAGUGAGCAUACUCAGUCCUGAAAACUGUUGUUGUCUUAUCAUAGUUUCCAGAUCAUCUUGGAAAAUGAAUUCCAGUCUGUUGGAAAGAGGUGGAAUGUCUGGUCUCCCAUGCUUUGAUGGUUUCAGAUCUUUUUUUCUUUUCUUUUAUACUGCAUGUGAUGAUACCGUUAGGUUAGGAGUAUCUGAGAUACUUUUCUUUUUUUUUUUGUUCCUCGUUUCAUAGUCUUUCAGUUUGAGUAUUGAGAAUGUUUGUGGGAAGCUGAGGAGCAGCGCUUUAGAAAUUAAAGUUUUCCUCUUCUCGUUGAUUUAGAAACUCAGCACUGAGGAAGUGAUUUUGCUUCUUCCUUUCUUUUCCCAUCCUCCACAUCACCACACUUCUCUGUCUUGCCCAGAACUUUUCCUCCUCCAUCUCCUUUCUGCUGCUGCUCAGCUGAUAAACUACUCAGAACACAACAGUUCAAACCAUCUCUGCCCCGCCCCCCCAUAGAAAAGUGACCAUCAUUCCUUUUUCAUCACCAUGUCUUCUUCCAUGGUGAAGUCCACUCUCAGGUCUUUAAGUUUUUUGUUUUUUUUUGUGUUAGCCAAGGUACUCAAGUUGAGGUUUAGUUUUUGUUUUUUGCUGAUAUAAGAUCUCCAAAUGUGGGAAUUUGCCACGUCUCAUUAAAAACGUGGGACACUGCUAUUAGGAGAGGGUGGAAAAGCAAAAGGAUUCCAUCGGGAGAAGACAGGAUGCACACUUGCAUUUGAACAAGGAAAGCAAAACAGCAUUUUUGAAGGAAAGGCUAAAAAGAACAAAGAAACAAAAACAGAGCAUAAAGGACUUCCAUGAAUUGAAAAUGUACCUUUUCUUUCACCGUACCAUCAUGUUCACACAUACAGUACAUCGCUGAUGAAACAUGGCCGAACACAAACACAGUGGGACACGAAGAGAGACUCAAACACAAACAGGAUCUUUGUACGGAUGGAAAAGAAGGAAAAACAAGCAAAAACAGUGAAGGACAUUGAGAGGACGCAAAUUCUAAAAAUCCCCAAAAUUUUACCUUUGAAUUCUUCCACAGCAGCACAGGGACUCAGUGGGAUUUGUUAUGCAUAAAAAAAAUCCAGAUUCAUUUCCAUCUAUUUCAGACUAAUUGAGAAGGUGAAGAAUUUGCAAUUCCAACCCGCUAAUGUUAAAAAUAUCAAAUACCCCAAAUGCCCCAGGUAACUUUAGCUAUCCCCAAGGUCACCUGAUUAGUGCUGAGUGACCAGAACAGACAGUGGUCCGGCGCUUAUUUUAGACCGGGUUACGUUGUGGAUCAAGCCUGCCUUUAAAACAAAAGGACUGACACCAGCAAAAACCUGGUGGUAGUCCAGUUGUCGGCUUUAAGCAAAGGUGAUAGCUGCUUCCACGCUUCGGUCAAGUUUACAAAAAAUAAAUCAAAUAAAAAAGAACCUGCCGAUUUUGUCCAUGAGCGGAGAACCGCCUGUAAAUAUUACAGAGGUGUUCUUCUUUUUGGAGGGUCUGCGGUCUGAUUGGGACCACACACCGCAGGACUAACGGAAACCAAUGAGGGCGGACAUGUCUGGACACUCGGGGAGCAUUUUGGGAAGGCUCUAUCACUUUUCCUGGUCGAGAGUGAAUUUUCUGAAUCGUCUUUUUUUCCUUUUUAACUUAUUUACAUGAGUUCACAGUAAUUCACAGUAGUGCUUCUUUUUGCAUAUAUCUGCCGACGCAGAAUUUACAGAACAGAAUCCACGUCCCAAGAAAAAGUUGGGAGGGAAAAGGAUUGAUGCUACACCUGUUCCUGUUUGUCUUAGACUUAUCAGUAUGGAUAAAAAGCAAACACAUAAGACAUAGUUCCCCUCCCAAAAAGGGGCUUUCUCUCUCCAUUACGCUACCCCCAUUCGGUCUGAUCAGUAGCAUUUUGGCAUGCAUAACGGUAACUCAUACCUUCUCUUCUUACAUUCACAGAGUGAAGAGUUUUUUGUCCUGCAUGCUUUUUGCUAGUUCAUAUGUAUGCUUCUAAAUACAUACACUGAUGCAUUCUCUUAGAAAUGUAAAUAUUCUAUACACAUUCAUUAAUCUUAAAAUAGAAGUCGGAUGAUUACCCUUAUUGCUUGCAAUGGAAACCCAUGCAGAUUCUUACACAACACAAACUUUACAUAUGUACACAGUUUAGACCAAAGCAAUUAGUCAGCAAUUGCCUCUGGAAAUGACAGAUGCACUGAUAGGACAUGGAUGUUAAAGGGAAAAGAAGGUGAGGGAAAACUGAACUUAGAAGAAAUCAAACACAUAUGAGUGGAAAUCAACUUUCUGCCUGAGAAUAUAAACCUGAACUUCCACUAGUUUGAAACUUUCACACUAUAUUCGAGAGCUAAAUGACAACUUAUCAACCUAAUCCAGUAACACAAGGAACUUAAAUUCUUGCUUGAACAGUAAAAAUAGAUACAAAUAAAAUUUAUUUGGGAUUCUAUUUGCAAAAAAUUAUUCUUUCUUUUUUUGGCUGAGAGUUGAUGAGGAAUCCCAUACAAAAAAACAAACAAAAAAAACAAACACACAUGUAAAUCCUACACGUUUAAAUUAAAAUAAGAAUAAUUAAGGAGUAACAAAGCCUGUCUCCACUAUAGGAGCUGAAAUGAUUUGCAUAAAAACAUGUUCAAAGACAAUCUGUUACAUAUAUUCAUUUAGUUUAGAUCAGAGAUCUGAAUCUACUCAAAUAAAACAAAUCUAACUGACCAGAAAGAUCUAAUGGUUCUUUGUUAUAUCUCCAUUUCUCUGAGACAGAUAUUGAGUGCUGAGAACAGAGAAAUGGAACAUACAGAAUAAGAAAAUAAUCAAGUAUAUAUAUAUAUAUAUAUAUAUAAUGCAGCUCCAAAUUCAAAGGACUUUCAACUUUAAAUAACAUGAGUGAUAAACAAACAAAAAAGUAGAAAACAAAUGACUGUAAAAAAUUACAUAAAUAUAUGUAAAUUUGAUAAAUAACAUUGAACCAAAACUGAAAUACUGAAGAAGCUAAUGGAGAAGGUCAAAGGAUAUGUUGAAAUGUUUUUUU